UCGAUUAUUCGAUUAAUCGGAAGUCGAAAGAGACUUUGUUUGUUUGGUCCUGCAUUGUUUUUCUAUUUUUUUCCAAAUUAAAAUACAAAGAAAUAACAACUGACUAGAAAAAACUUUUUCCGCCUGACGCCAUUAGUGUCGAAGAAAAAAAGAACUUGUUAUUUAUAUAUUAGGCAACUUUAAUUACCCACCGUUGCUGCCUUGUGGAAAAGAGCAAACUUUUGCCAACAUUUGAUGAUUUAUAUAGUCCUAAGAUGAUUCAACAACAAAUGUGUCGUUUGUGUGGAAAUAACUCUACUGAGGAGUUAAAGGAAUUAUACGAUGAAUAUGAUAGUCCAUGUGAAGUUUAUAAAAUUUCGGCAAAUUACUUUCAUUCUAGGUUUUUGGAUUUGAAAAAUGGCAAUCACCUAAAGAGUAUGUGCUCCGCAUGUUGGAAUCAAAUCUAUGAAUUUUAUAAAUUUCAGGAUGUUAUAUUUCGUAUGGAAACGGAAAUUAUUGAAAAAUUAAAGAGCCAAGCCAAGGAGAACGCAAUUACUAAUAAUGCAACAGUUUCGAAUAACCAAGAAGUAUUUACUACAGUAUAUCCUGAUUCCUCCAGACUCAAUCUAGUUGUAUCCCCGACUUCGGAAAUUAGUCAAAUCGUAAAAGUUGAAGUAACAGAUGAUAUUGAAAUGGCUGGAAAAGAAAUUGAACAAAAUGAUAGCGAAACAAACGAUAUUGAAGUUUCACAACUUGAAAACCCUGCUGUCGACGUAAAAAUAGAAAAUGAACAGAUAGACAUGGAUAUAAUGGAAUGUGAAAAUGAGACAACAAUUGAAAAUCGUGAAAAUGUACAAAAAGCUAACAAUAACGAUGACAAAGAUAAUGCCAAAACAAAUAUUGAAUUUAGAGGCCUUAAUACACGACCAAAGCCGCGUAAAAUGAAUCUGAAAAUAUAUACUGCCUGUGCUAAAAAGCGAAACCAAAUAACAAGAAAAAUGAUAAUAUACAAAGAACCUGGUAACAUAAGCAAAGACCAUAUGGAUGAUAUUAUAGCGCAAUGGCUGCCAAUGUUACAAUGUAUCGCAUGUCCACAACAGUUCCCCAAUUUCUAUCUGUUGAAAAAACAUUUCGACACCGAACACAAGGGCUACAAAUUUUCUGUAAAAUGUUGUCAACAACGAUAUACAUAUAAAACCCACCUCGCAAAACAUAUCAUGGAACAUCAAGUCAUAAAAGGAUUUAAGUGCAACGAAUGUGGAAAAAUAUUCCAACGUCGGUUAAACUUAGCUCUUCACCAAAAACAAACGCACCCUUCCACACAGAAUAGAGAAAGAAAAUCCUUCCCAGAAUUGGAUGGUAUUAUUGCGAAAUGGAAAUCAAGUUUGGAUUGUGUAGUUUGCAUGAAAAAGUUCGAAACGUUUGCCAAUUUGAAAAAACAUUUUGAAUCGGAACACCCGAAUAAAAAAUUGUAUGUUUUAUGCUGUGACCGACGUUUUUAUAGAAGAUUUCCUCUCGUUGAGCAUUGUCGAGUGCACCUGGACCCAGACACGUUUAAAUGUGGCAAUUGUGGUAAACAAUUUUGGACGAAAUUGCAAAUGCGAUCACACGUAGAAAAUUGUCUAAAGCACUAAUGUACAUAUGAGUAAUGAUAAUUUGGACAUUAAAUGUUUUAUUUUUUAUAUAUUUUUGUAUUAUUUAUAUGAAUGAUUUUUUUUUCAUUGUACAAUAAACAUCCAUAUUUUUCAAUAAUUUGGGU